AAGUGGCAAUCGAACCAGCAGUGAAAGUCCGUUUGAUCUGCGUCAAUGUACAAGUUCCUGGACAGAUGAUAAGGAGCUAAAUCGACUAAAUGUUGAGUCCGUUUUGGAAAGUACAGCAGAUGACGUGUUUGAAAUAGGCUUCAGAGAUUUUCUGAAAGGGGAUAAACAAAACGUUAACAACUUAAUGAAGAAACACUAUCCUCCUGGUGAAAGUGACGAUUUGCUUUUGAAAGCCGAAAAAGAAUGCUUUGAAUUUGCACUUAAAAACAUAAUUCCGGUUAAUUGUGAAUAUAUUGAAGAUGUGGAUGCUGCAGAGCUAUUUAGGUUUAACAGAGAAUUUGGAAAAAAAUCCUUUGCAGAAUUCACAGCAGAACCAAAAUACAGUGGCUGGUUGCAUUCUCAUUGUGACUAUUCUGAAGAGUUAGGCAAGAACUUAGAAAGUGAGGAUGAUAUCUUUAAAACAAAGCAAUCCACUUGUCAGAAAAUAUUUGUCCGACUGAAGAUGUUUUCUGAUCAGCUUCUGAUUAUGAUGAACAACAAAAGGAAAAAAAUGAAUUUAACAGAGCAAAUGUUCCAGGAGCUAUUCUUAUCAUUUGUGAGGAUUUUUGAAUUAAUAAUAAUUGAUAACAAAAAUCUCCAAUCCUAUGAAAUGACUGUUGGAAAAGAAACUGUGAUAUCAGAACCUGAUGCAGUAAUUUGCCAAUUUUUCCCAGCUGAUGUCCUUGCCUUCACAGAAAAAGUAAUAGCAGUUGUUGAGGUCAAAAAAGAAUACAGCAGAGGUUUAAGUGAAACAACAGAAAGGAGGACACGAAGUGGAGACAAAACAUCUAGCAUGAUUGGUCAUAUAGAUUCUAGUCUGAAGGGGCAACAUACAGGUGAAAUGAUAGCUGCACUUCCCUCAUCCGUUUUUGGUUUAAAUGGUGUAUAUGGACUAAUUGUACAAGGCACAAAGGUUACUGUUGUAUCUUUACGUGCAAGUGGACAGUUCUGGGAGCAACUUCAAAAUGGAAAUGUAAAGAAUGCUCAUGCAAUUGUACGCUAUAGUCCAGAAUAUAAUAUUUUAACAAAACAGGGAAGAAGUCAACUUAUGAAUAUAUUUUUAGGAAUGAAAAUGUUACUUCAGAAUCUUGAAAUGUAAAAGAAAGUUCUAAGUAUUUAAAGCUGCUUAAAGAGUUUAAAAGAAGUCAGUGCUUUUUUUCAUUGAAAGAUAUGGUUACAAAAGCUACAUUGGUUAAAGUUAUAAUUAUCUAUUCCUUUUUGGUUUGGUUUUUAUGGCCUUCUUUACAACUUGCAAUGAUAAUCCCAUUUCCUAACAAAUUAACAUAUUAAUAUUGUUGUUAUUACUAUAUGAAUUGAAAUCCCACUUCCCCUAUUCUUUAGUUCUAAUACGUUAAAGUCAUAUGAUCCUUCAAAUUUGUCAAAAAGAUAAACAUGUAUUAUAAGUCAUUUGGUCUCUGGUGGAAAGUUGUCUCAUUGGUAAUCAUACCACAUCUUCUUAUUUUUAUAUUAUAGACAUACUUGCCAACCUCUGACAAUGAGAAAUCAUGUCAUGACAUGACAUGACAUGUCAAAAAGGGUGUGAAAACGCGCGACGAAGAUGCGGACUUUUUUUAUAUGAACAAUGUUCAUAAUUUCACAUUAUCAUGAUUAUACAAAUUUGUUAAUAUAUAAUAAAAACAAUAUUCUAGAGUAAA